UUCUCGGACCCGAAACAACCAUUUCUGCACACUUCUCCGAAAGCCCUUCUUUCUUCCUCAAACCCUAAAAAUGGUGGCUACCCAGGCUACUUCCAAGAGACCCAUUUGCCCGUCGUGCUCCAAACCCAUCCGGCUCUGCCUCUGCACUCGGAUUCAGACCCCGGGGCUCCAUAACUCUGUAAGUGUGACCAUUCUUCAACACAGCCUAGAGAAGAACCACCCGCUUAAUUCCACUAGGAUUGCCAGAUUGGGCCUCAAGAAUCUCAACGUAGUUACCGUUUGUGACGUAAAUUUUGAAGCCCGGUUCGUUAUCCGGUCGCUGGACCCGUAUUCUCAAACGGGUCCUGACCGAAAUGGUUCAGAACGUUCAGGUUUUGAUCAAGUUGUGGAAAGUAGAGAGACCCAGAAGCUGGUUUUUAAGUAUUGUGAUGAGGUCAGUUCAGGGAAGGAAAAUGUGGGAGAGUCAGAAUUUGGGUUAUCUGCAAAUUUCCCAAAAGAGAAAAAUAUUAGUAGUCUGAUUGAAAGUGAUGAGAAAUGCAAAUUUGGGAGUGAGGCUCAAAACCAAUUAGGAGGUGUAUAUUUUGUAAGCAAUUCUGGCUUAUCAACCAGUGAUGUAUUAGUUGUAGGGCAAGAACAUGAGUUCACUGAUGAUAAGCACUUAGAUGGACAAGACAAUGCUGAUGAGGUUUCAACUGCUACCACAUUGGAUGCAGUAUCCAAGCUUUCCAACGAAGGUUUUGAUUCAGUUGAAGGUAUCCAAACUGGUAAUGAUGUGCCUGUUAUAGCUGCUACCAUUGGCAAGUAUGGUGUCAUUAGCUCUCUUUCCCAUAUUUGGAUGGCAGAAGGCCACUGUAAGAAUCCAAAUUUCGAUACGAUUUUAGACAAUGCGCGUGAUGCUCUGGCAGAGGGGUUUGUUGUACAAAAGUUGCAAAAGCAGCCAUUGAAGGGAAGUGAGGAGUUGAAUGAAUAUGUAGAGUUUGAAAUGGAGGUUCCUCCUGGAUCUGUACUCUUAUUUCCAUCUGAAGAAGCAGUUAGCGUCAGUGACCUUGAGGCUAUGAAUCAAAAGGUGAAGAAUAUGAUUGUUUUGGACGGAACAUGGUCAAAGGCAAAGAGAAUGUAUGUGGAAAAUCCCUGGCUGAAACUCUUGCCACACUUGAAGUUGGAAUUGGACAAGAUGAGCUUGUACGAUGAAGUGAGGCUUCAGCCGAAGCUGGGAUUUCUGUCCACCAUUGAAAGCAUUGUAUAUGCACUGCAGGCAGUAGGGGACAGUCCUGAGGGGCUGGACAAUCUCUUGGAUGUUUUUGAGUCUAUGGUUGAGGACCAGAAGCGAUGUAAAAAGGAGAGAUUAAGCAACGUCUCCCCGUCGGGGUGAGUGAGUCUUGUGCUCAAUUUCUCACUUUACACAAUUUUGACAUCAUCUGGAAACCUAGUGAUGAAAGCCAUAUUCAAAUGUACACCAUUACAUUUUGAUUGAUGUGGUCAGUGGUCACUGAAACUCAGGUUGAUUUUUGAAAAGUGGUAGCAGUAUUGCCCCAUUGUAGGUGCUGGGUUCGUGUUUCAAAGAAAUUGUUUGUGUAAGCCAUGCUUCAUGAAUAUCAACAACAAACAUGACAUU